AUGUGGGGAUAUGGAGGAAAGUACUAUUGGCGAAAGAGGAACAACAACAACGGAGAAGGAGGAGGAAGCGAAGCGAUCGUUGUGGUUUUCGCUUGGAUGUCGAGCGAAGAACGCAAUCUCAAGAACCAUGUCGAUCUCUAUUCUUCACUUCUCUGGGAUUCACUCGUUUGCCAUUCUCAAUUUCUCAACAUGUUCUUACCAGACAAAGCUUCGGAGUUAGCUUCUAAUGUUGUGUCUGAACUUGUGAAGGAGCUCAAAGCAAAGCCACUUCCACUAGUGUUUGCUUCUUUCUCAGGUGGUCCUAAUGCAUGUAUGUAUAAGGUUCUUCAAAUACUUGAAGGAAUAUGUGAAACAGGGCUAAAUCCGGAAGAUUGUAGUUUGGUUAGAAACUGCAUCUCAGGGUUUAUCUACGACUCAUCUCCAGUGGAUUUCACCAGCGACUUGGGAGCUAAAUUAGCGGUUCAUCCAACUACACUGAGAAUGUCGAAUCCACCAAAACCAUUUGUAUGGGCAGCCAAUGGUAUCGCUUCGAGUCUCGACUAUGUUUUCCUCAACAGGUUUGAAUCGCAGCGAGCUGAGUAUUGGCAGACUCUUUACUCCACUAUAACAAUGAGAGUUCCUUAUCUCAUUCUAUGCUCUGAAAACGAUGAUCUUGCUCCUUAUAAAACUAUACACAAUUUCGCCACGCGUCUUCAAGAGCUAGGAGGAAAUGUAAAACUCGUUAGAUGGAAUGAUUCUCCUCACGUUGGUCAUUAUCGGUAUAAUCAAGUCGACUAUAAAGCUGCUGUAUCCGAGUUCUUGUCGAAAGCAGCUUCUGUUUAUUUGCAGAAGAACAGAGAAGAAGCUAUGAAAGAAACUCAGUGUGAUGAUGAUGAGAUAUCAGAACCGGUUCACAGCUUGGGAAACUCAACCUCUGGUCUUAACCGGAGCUUCGACGGAACUCCACUUGUCACAACCGAUCAUUUCUUCGUACCUACCACCGUAGGUUACUACGUAGGCAACGGCGGGUCUGUGGUAGAUGAACACAAACAAGAUUUGAUUCGUUUGUCCAGUACUCAAGACGACGACGAAGCUCGCAAGCCUAACGGAGUUCUUGGCCAAAUCUUGUUUGAUGUUUAUAUCCCCAAGAAUGUCGAAGAUUGGGAUGUAAAGUUGUCGGAAACCGGUCGGUCUAAGCUGAGAUCGGCGAAAAGGUUUAUACGUAGAUCGAGAUUGUAA